AACCACAAUUCAAAAACACGAACACACACAAAACAAUGCCUUAUUUUUUUUAUGGAGGUAACGAAAGCACCUUCACACAUAGCAGGUCACAAAGAGUGCACAAGCCGUUGCGAAACUCAUAGUAAUGCACGAACACAAAGACUCACACACACACAAACAAUACCUUCUUUUUCCAUUGAGGUAACAAAAGCACUUUUACAUUCAAGAGGUCACAACCAUUGCGUGUGUCGUUGCGCAACUUUUGAUAAGGCCUCGGUUACCAUAUGGACGCCAUACAAUAGUGUAUGGUGUAAGCUUACUUCAACAACAAGUUACGUUGGUCCGGCUAAAAAUUUCGUCUGCGCCAUACGAGGAAGUAGCAGUGUGUGCGACAACACCAAGGGUUACAAAACACUUUGACAACCAUUGCUCAAGUGCGGCUGGACCUUAUUUCGUUCAAGGAAGAGACAUUUCCUUCCUGCAGAUACACAGAUCGUCCCUGACACCAUGACAAAAGACGGUUUCAGCGUUGUUUAUGGUGUCGCCCUGCUUGUUGUUGUCGUGUCUUUUGAUAAUACGUCGGCUCUGUCUGGACCAUCGGGCAGCGUAUGCGGUAGCCAGUGUUGCGCCGGAUGGGACCAAGUUGGCGACACCUGCCAGCACCAUUGCUAUAACCCAUGUGUUCACGGCACAUGUGAAGACACAAAUGUCUGCAAGUGUGAUCCUGGGUGGGAAGGACACGACUGUAGCCACGAUGUUGACGAGUGUUGGUACGGAACCCACGUCUGCCACCACAAUUGUUCGAACCACGAAGGCUGCUACACCUGUGUCUGUGCCGUCGGCUUCCAGCUCAUCAACUCUACACACUGCGUCAGCUCUACAGUAUCUAACAUCAACGGUACAACGGCAGGUACUCCACUGAGUCCCACCGUGAGUGAUUCACUCUGCGCCACCACCGCAGCAUCAAAUGUGGGCAGGACAACAACAAACCCACUACAGACAACCACCAGGACUGAAGACGGCCGCGACGUUACAACAACUAGAACUCUGCCUGUUACAAGUCCCGUUGUACACGACAACGACAGAAGCCCAGCUCCAAGGGGAAAAGCAGACCACCACAACGUCGACAUGGUGGUCGGAGUGGCGGUCAGCGCGGUGGCCCUGGUACUCUUGUUUGUCUCCAUCGGGAUUUUUAUCCGGUACAAGAAGAAGAAGGUAGCAACCCGCCAAGAACAGUUCAAUCGUCCACAGCAACCUCGUGACUCCUUUCCCGGCUACAGCGACACGUACUGGCGAAACCCCGACUUCGCAGCCCUUCACGAAGAAACGCCCGGCACGCGUAGUCCACCGCCCCCGUAUGAGGCAACCGGGGGUCUUGUGGCUUUAGCUGAAAUCUCCAAGAGUGGAAUCCACCAUAAGAAUGUUGUAGGCGUUGCAAUUGACGGUGUACCUGCAAUUGCGAGUAAUUGUCAAGAUAACGGUAUUAAACCACCGAAGAAAGUUCCUGAAAAUGAGUAUGAGGGCUUGAAGCGCUGGUGAAGUGCACAGUCAAAUGUUACAUUGAAUUUAUGUUAUAUCAGCGUUUUUUGAGUGGCUGUGUAUAUCGAAAUGAAAGGUAGGAUUUUCCAUGGAACUAAUUAGCUACAAUAAUUCCUAUUCCUGAUGGAACGGCAAACGAAAAAAAAACUGUCUGCAAAUCUUAAGAUAUACCUACGUGUUUUUGCUUUUCAAGCACACUGUGGCUAGAACUGACACAAUAAACAGCUCAUUGUUGCCCAUACUGUUUUCAUGUUGUCUUACAAAUAAAGC